AUGUGGGGAGAUGUUCAAGUUGAGUGGUCGCAUGUGGAUGCCAACGGGGCGUCGGGAGGCAUUCUUACGAUGUGGAAAAAGGACUUCUUCACUCUAAACUUCAGUUUUAGAGGUGAGGGUUUCUUGGGUCUUUGUAUGGAGAAGGAAGGCAAACUUAUUUACUUUGUGAAUUUCUACGCUUCUUGUGACUUAGUCACGCGAAAAAGAACUUGGGAUAGGAUACGUGAGUUCAAAAAUAACAACUUUAAAGGAUCUUGGUGUAAUGGAGGAAAUUUCAAUUCUAUCUCCUCUUUUGAAGAAAUAAUUGGGACAUCAACUCGAAUCUAUAGGAGGGAGAUAAUGAUUUUCAAUGAGUUCAUAGAGGAAAUGGAGUUGGUGGAUCUACCUACUAUAGGAGGCAAGUUUACUUGGAUAAAAAGUAAUGGCAAGGCUAUGAGUAGGCUAGAUAGAUUUCUUCUAUCAGAAAGUUUUUUUGAAGAUUGGAAGGUGGAUGGUCAACAUAUUGGUGAGACGGAUGUGUUCGACCAUGCUCCAAUUUGGUUGAAAGACAAUAGAAAGGAUUGGGGCCCUAAACCCUUUAAGUUCAACAAUAUGUGGUUCAAGCAUGAAGAAUUUGAUAAUUUUAUGAAGGAGGAGUGGAAAAAGAUUGAAUUCAAAGGGAGAGGUGACUAUUGCUUGGUUGAAAAGUUGAAAAUUCUCAAAAACCAGAUCUCUUGGUGGAACAAAACGGUCUAUGGAUGGAUAGAUCUCAAAAUUGACAAAGAUGGAAAAGAGAUGCACUCUUUAGAUAAUGUGUUUGCUCAUUUUGCAAGUAACAUUCCGGAAGAAGUGGUCUUGGAAAGAAUAAAAGUGGUGGAGGAUUUUUGGGAUAACAUUAACAAGAGAGAAGGUCUUCUAAGAUUAAAGUCGGGACAACUUUGGCUUUCCAAAGGCGAUGACAACACUCGCUACUUUCACAAUUCUCUAAAAGAAAGAAGAAGAAGGAAUUCUAUUUGCUCCAAUGACACAUCGGCGGGAAGAAUGGAAGGGGUUGACGAAAUCAAAGAGUUCACUUUCAAGCAUUUCGAAAACUUCUUUAAAGAAGAAGUCCACUUUAGGCCGUGA